AUGCCUGCAGGCCAGCUUUCUUUGGCGGAGCUUUCGGCCCUACUGCCGCGGCUGAAGAAGGCGCCGCAGCGCCGGGACCAAGCGGCGGCGGCCACAUGGCUGCAGCUCGCGAUGUCAGACGAAGCAGUGGAGCCCGAGCUUCGGGCGACGCUUCAGCACCCCAGAACCUGGACCGUCUUGGUGGUGGCGUUGGGCCGCGCUGCCAAGUGGCAGCACGCGCUCGCCGCUGUCCAUGCCUGGGAGGCCUUGGAUCGCCAGCUGCUGGCAGCUUCGAUGGCGGCCUGCAGCCGCGGCACCCAGUGGCGCCGCGCGCUGCUCCUGGCGGAGGUCGCUCCGUCGCCGGAUGUGGCGAUUCUCAACGCAGGUAUCGCCGCGUGCGCCAAGGGCGGGCACUGGCAGCUGGGGCUUCACAUCCUGCAGCAGAUGCCAGGAGCAACGGUGGUAUCCUUCAGCAGCGCCAUCAGCGCCUGUGGUGCCGCCGCCCAGUGGCAGCGAGGCCUCGAGCUCUUGGGCGCCAUGGGCGCCAGGCGUUUGAACUCGGUGGUGGCCUUCAGCGCCUGUGCCAGCGCCUGUGAAAAGGCGAAGCAGUGGCAGUGGGCCUUCGAGAUCUUGAGGCGGAUGUCUCAGCAGGGCGUGCCGCCCAACGUGGUGACCUAUGGUGCCGCCAUCAGCGCCUGUGAGAAGGGCUCCCAGUGGCCUUCCUCGCUUUACUUGCUCCACUCCAUGGAGUCUCUGGAGGUGCCUCCCAACACCAUCUGCUGCAACGCGGCCAUCAGCGCCUGCGAAAAAGCGGCGGAGGUGGAUGCGGCUCUCCGGCUGCUCUGGCAGAUGCAUGAGCAUGGGCCCAGACCGGACGUGGUGAGCGCCAACGCUGCCAUCAGCGCCUGUGAAAAGGCGAGAAGCUGGCAGAAGGCCUUGAGCCUCCUGCGAGCUUUGCCCACGCUGCAGUUGAGCCCGGACAACAUCACCUACAACGCAGCCAUCAGCGCCUGCGAGAAGGGCCAUCAGUGGCAGUGGGCUAUGCACCUGUUGGAUGAGAUGUGCGAGGUGACGCUUAGCCCAGAUGUGAUCAGUCUGAACGCUGGCAUCAGCGCUUGCGAAAAGGUUGGCCACUGGCAGCUCGCAAUGGCUCUGCUGUUUGAUCAGCACAGCCCAACGCCCAACAUCAUUAGCUACAACGCAGCCAUCGGGGCCUGCGAGAACAGCCACCGCUGGGCCGAGGCGCUGCUGCUGUUCCAAGGCCUAGGCGCCAAAGAGCUUCGGCCGACCACCGGUACCUUCGUGGUGAGCAUCUCCGCUUGCGCCAAGGGCCGGCGCUGGGAGCUGGCACUGGCGCUACAGAAGGAGGCCAAAGAGAGGGGAGUGCUGGAGGUGGGCGACGCUGGGCUGGCCAUGUACAACGCAGUGAUCUCCGCCUGCGAGCGCGCGAGGCGCUGGGAGGUGGCCCUCCAGCAGCUGCAGGAGCUGAAAGCACUGGGCUUCCGCCCCAACGUGGUGACCUUUAGUGCCGCCAUCAGCGCCUGCGAGAAGAGUCGGAUUUGGGAAGCUGCGCUGGAGCUCUGGGCGGACCUGCGCACAAGCCGCGUGCCCUUAGAGCUGAUCACCUGCAAUGCCGCCCUGACCUCGAUGCCCGUUCUGGAGUAA